CCGCACCUCACCGGCACUGCCUCGACGGCAUUGCCUCACACAUGAGUAACAUCUAUAUCAACCUGAUCGACCAGACGCUCCUUGGACAGUACUUGGAACACUGCUCUCCCGAAGCCCACGAUCGCCAUUUUCGAAUUCCGUUCUAACGCAGCGCAGCCUCGCUGGCAUGGCCUACCUCAACCGAACAGCUUGAAUUCGCAUUUCCUCGGCCAACCUCUCGUGAUUGUGUCUAAGACUAUCUACUGCUUUGGAGCUGUCAUUUUCUAGUUGUCCUCCGCCAACGAGAUGAAGUGUUUGCGGCCCUCUCCUAAAGCUCCCUCUUUUACGACUUCCACCAUCUAUAGAUCAAGAUGCGUCUCCUAAAGCUGAAAGGCGAUGGCGGAGUCAGCAUAACCAAAUUUCGCACGAACAAUGUUCCCGCAUAUGCCAUACUUUCGCACACAUGGGGAAAAGAUACCGACGAGGUCGAUUAUAGCGACCUGGUUAACGGCACCCACAUACGCAAAGCUGGCUAUAAGAAGAUCCUCUUCUGCGGAAAACAAGCGGAACGCGAUGGCCUGCUAUACUUUUGGGUGGAUUCAUGUUGUAUUGACAAGACGAACAAUACUGAGCUUUCAGAGGCUAUUCACUCCAUGUUUCGCUGGUACCAAAAGGCGAUCAAAUGCUACGUUUAUCUGAUCGACGUUCCAGCACGAUCUAAGACCCCUGACUGGAAGGCGGAGUUUAGUCAAAGUCGAUGGUUCACUCGAGGCUGGACGCUCCAAGAACUUCUCGCACCGCGACAAGUUGAUUUCUUUUCUUAUGACAACCAGAAACUUGGCAGUAAAAGAGAGCUGGAGCAACACAUUCACCGUAUUACGGGGAUUCCGACUGAAGCUCUUCGAGGAGGUCAUCUCUCUAAAUUUCCCGUCGAAACACGAUUGUCGUGGGCACAAAAUCGCAACACCACGGAAGAAGAAGACCAGGCAUAUUGUCUACUUGGCAUCUUCGACGUCUCCAUGCCAAUGAUAUAUGGGGAAGGUGCUAAGGCUUGGAGACGGCUUCUUUAUGAGAUCGGGAAACUGCCAGACAGUGGUGUUGGGCGAGAGCCUGAAAUGUCCAUAAAAGAAGAAUCCGAAGAGGGCGACUCUAAGGGCUCUAAAAACUCAUCUACUACGCCCAGCGCGGACGUGCAAAUCCUGGCUCCUAUACAUCUGCAUUACUCUAUCCUUCACCCUUCUGUUCGCACACCGGUGGAAUCCCGCCUACGGAGUGAUGGGUGAGACAGCCAUGCGCUCGACACCAGUACUAGACCGCACUCUCCCCAUUUUUGCGAUCAUUGGCAGGACAGGUGCAGGAAAGAGCACAUUUAUCAACACCCUUGGAGGGCUUGAUUCUGGAUCAAGCCCUCCAGCAGUCAGUGAUGGCCUGGAACCAUGCACUAACAACUUUACUUUCUACAAGUUCAACAUAUAUGAUAAACAAGCCUACAUCAUCGACAC